ACCCCCCCGGCUCCCCAAAAAAAAAAAAAAAAGUCUCUUGUAUUGACCGCUCCGCCACCGUCGUCAAAAAAUCGAAUACCAUUCUCUCUUCUUUAACCAUUUCAAACUCAGCUCGUAACCGUCUCCUCCCAAUUUUCACGCUUUUCUCGCUUUCAUCAAAUUUCUCUCUUUCUCUCUCUCUCAAUCCAAAAAUCCUCAAUCCCAAUUCUCCACCAUGAAAUCCCCAACCGCCUCCGUCCUCCAUCGCCACGUCAGCCUUCUCCGAUCGCCGCAUUCAUGUUAAUUCCAUAUGCAUCCCUUCUGCUGCAUCUCCACCCUCUCCGAACACCACCACUCCCCCUCGCCGGACCUCCACGGCCGCACCCCAAUGACCUCCUACGGUAGAUCCGAUCCGCAUACCCGGUUCAGCGUCCACAAGGAGCCGAACAGCAACAAUCACAGCAACCAUUCCAGCGUCGAUUACAGCCGCCUCAGCCAGCGGACGACGGCGGCUGCCGCCGCUGCCGCCAUCGCGGCGGCCGAGGCUGUGGCGCGGCCUUCAACCGGAAGGGAGCAGCCGGUGGAUGUCAAGAUAAACGACAUCGUCGGGAAUGGCGUAUCGGGAAUACUGUUUAAGUGGGUGAAUUACGGUAAAGGUUGGCGGCCGAGGUGGUUCGUUUUGCAGGAUGGAGUUCUUUCGUAUUAUAAGAUUCACGGACCUGAUAGGAUCGUCGUUACGCCGGAGACGGAGAAAGGUUCUAAGGUCAUCGGCGAAACGUCGAUUCGGAGACUUUCGAGGCAUAGGAGUCCCAAUUCUCAACAGCUACGCCGCAAGCCCUUCGGCGAAGUUCAUCUCAAGGUCUCUAGUAUCCGUGAAAGCAAAUCUGAUGAUAGGCGGUUCUCAAUCUUCACCGGUACAAAGAGGCUGCAUUUGAGGGCAGAAUCGAGCGAUGAUCGUCUCGCUUGGGUGGAAGCAUUGCAGGCUGUGAAAGACAUGUUUCCGCGGAUUUCCAACAGUGAAUUGAUGGCUCCGGUAGACAAUGUAGCGGUGUCCACUGAGAAAUUGAGGCAGUGCCUGGUCGAAGAAGGUGUGAGGGAGGCAGCCAUUCAGGAAAGUGAACAGAUUAUGAAGACAGAGUUUGCUGCAUUGCAUAACCAGCUUCUUCUGCUCAAGCAGAAACAGUGGCUCCUAAUUGACACGCUACGACAGUUAGAGACAGAAAAGGUAGAUUUGGAGAAUACAGUGGUUGAUGAGAGCCGACAGUUCAAAGAUUCUGGAGCUUCCUCUAGAUCUAGACAAGACAAAUUUAGUGAAGGAAGUGCAACUGAAUCUGAUGAUGAUAAUGAAAGAGUUGAUGCUGCAGAAGAAGAAACGGAUGAAGAGGACAAUGCUUUCUUUGAUACGCGUGAUUUUCUAUCAUCAAGUUCUUUCAAAAGUAAUGGGUCUGAUUAUCGGAUAUCUUCCGUCUCUUCAGAUGAUGAUGGCUUGUAUGCCAUUGAAUCUGAAGAUGGUACAGAUCCAGCACUCAGAGCUGAUUUUCCAUUUGUCAAGCGACGUAAGAAAUUGCCUGACCCUGUGGAGAAAGAGAAGUGUGUUAGUCUUUGGUCGAUGAUUAAGGACAACAUUGGGAAGGACCUCACGAAAAUCUGUCUCCCUGUAUACUUCAAUGAGCCUCUAUCUUCUCUACAAAAAUGUUUUGAGGAUUUGGAAUAUUCAUACCUCCUUGAUCGAGCAUAUGAAUGGGGCAAAAGGGGUAAUAGCCUUAUGAGGAUUCUUAAUGUGGCUGCUUUUGCUGUAUCUGGAUAUGCUUCAACUGAAGGAAGGAUGUGCAAACCGUUCAAUCCAUUAUUAGGGGAAACAUAUGAGGCUGACUAUCCAGAUAAAGGCCUUCGGUUUUUCUCAGAGAAGGUUAGUCAUCACCCCAUGAUUAUUGCUUGCCAUUGUGAGGGUAGAGGAUGGAAAUUCUAUGGAGAUAGCAAUUUGAAAAGCAAAUUCUGGGGCCGCUCAAUUCAGCUUGAUCCUGUUGGUGUUCUGACCUUGGAAUUUGAUGAUGGUGAAAUUCUUCAAUGGAGUAAAGUUACAACUUCCAUUUACAACCUCAUAUUAGGAAAGCUUUACUGUGAUCACUACGGUACCAUGCGAAUACAGGGAAAGCAUGAAUAUCAAUGUAGGCUGAAAUUUAAGGAGCAGUCUAUCAUUGACCGAAAUCCUCACCAGGUACAAGGUAUAGUUCAAGAUAAGCAUGGGAAAACAGUGGCAACGUUGUUUGGAAAAUGGGAUGAGAGCAUGCAUUAUGUUAAUGGAGACUGUUCAGGGAAGGGAAAAUUCGAGUCUUUAUCUGAUGCCCGCCUGCUCUGGAAGAGGAGCAAGCCACCUAAGUUCCCUACUAGAUAUAACUUAACACGCUUUGCCAUCACAAUGAACGAACUCUUGCCUGGAUUGAAGGAGAAGUUGCCCCCAACAGAUUCAAGGCUCAGACCAGAUCAAAGGUAUCUGGAAAAUGGGGAAUAUGAAAUGGCAAAUUCCGAGAAGUUGAGGCUAGAGCAGAGGCAACGGCAGGCUCGAAAGAUGCAAGAAAGUGGUUGGAAACCGCAGUGGUUUGCAAAGGAUAAAGCAAGCGAUACUUACCGGUAUACUGGUGGAUAUUGGGAGGCAAGAGAACGAAGAAAUUGGGAUGGUUGUCCCGAUAUUUUUGGCCAAGUUCCUUCUGAACAACUUGACUAAUAGUCAGUUCAUUGCUGUCUCUAGUUUUACCUAUUCUUUUCCAUUUUUUCCCCUAUGGGGUGGUGAAUACUGCUCUGAUUCAAAGCAGUUUAGCGCCUCCCAUGGUUUGCAUAUAAGUAAAUUGAAUGAAAGGUCUGGGCAGGUAAUAAAAUCAAUUUUUUUUUUCCUCCGUCCCAGCAUUCCAUCUUUGUAUAUCUGAUGAGUUAGUUUUUUAUAUUCUAGUGUUUGAAGAAGCUCAGCCAGUUUGGUUCUUUCUUGUCGUUGAACCAAAUCGAAAACCUAACUGCACAUCUAUUAUGUAAUAUCGAGGAACCCAUUUCAU